AUGUACACCUCGAUUGCCGUUGUCUCUGCCCUUGCGGCGACUGUAGCUGCGAAAACAGUGUACACCACUGUUGAUGUGACCAUCACCAGCUGUGGACCUGAAGUCACAAGCUGCACAGGCAAGCAACCAACCACUCUUCAGCCUCAUACUGUAUACAGCACGGUCGAUGUCGUCGUCACUUCUUGCGGACCUGAGGUCACCUCUUGCCCUGGCAAGCCAGCUCCACCCGCUAGCCACCCUCAUGCCGGCAAAUCUUAUUCAGCCUCGGUUUCAGUGCCCACCAGUCCUUUGACUCCGACCCUUCCAACCCCAAGUUCAUCAGCACCCCCUGCUCCUCCCGCUUCAUCUGUCCAUGUUGCACCCUCUUCAGCUGCUCCUCCGCCAGGCUACUCCUCGCACCCAGCGCGUUACUCUUCAGCACCAUCUGGCCCUGCUACUACUGUCGCCCCCUACCCGUCCUCGGUUAUCACUGUUGUUAGCAACUCCAAGGGUCCAGUUGGCACUGGCACUGGUGUCAUUCCUCCCAAGAACGCGACCUCAACCUAUCCACCGAUCGCCACCUACACUGGCGCUGCCAGCUCCGUCUCCGCUUCGCUUGGCACUCUCGCUGGUCUGGCUGCCAUUGCAGCUUUCUUCAUGGCAUAA